AUGGGACAUCGGGAGAGAGGCUGGGAUGGACCGGGAUGGGCACCGGGAGAGAGGCUGGGAUAGACCGGCAUGGGCACCGGGAGAGAGGCUGGGAUAGAUCAGGAUGGGCACCGGGAGAGAGGCUGGGAUAGAUCAGGAUGGGCACCGGGAGAGAGGCUGGGAUAGACCGGCAUGGGCACCGGGAGAGAGGCUGGGAUGGACCGGGAUGGGCACCGGGAGAGAGGCUGGGAUAGAUCAGGAUGGGCACCGGGAGAGAGGCUGGGAUAGAUCAGGAUGGGCACCGGGAGAGAGGCUGGGAUAGACCGGGAUGGGCACCGGGAGAGAGGCUGGGAUAGAUCAGGAUGGGCACCGGGAGAGAGGCUGGGAUAGACCGGCAUGGGCACCGGGAGAGAGGCUGGGAUAGAUCAGGAUGGGCACCGGAAGAGAGGCUGGGAUAGAUCAGGAUGGGCACCGGGAGAGAGGCUGGGAUGGACCGGGAUGGGCACCGGGAGAGAGGCUGGGAUAGAUCAGGAUGGGCACCGGGAGAGAGGCUGGGAUAGACCGGGAUGGGCACCGGGAGAGAGGCUGGGGUAGAUCAGGAAGGGCACCGGGCUACACCGAGAUAGCGGCGGGAAUAGGCCGGCAUGAGCACCAGAAUAGACCGUGGUUGAGGCGGGAUGGGCACCGGUAGCGGGGCAGGACGAGUCCCCGGGAUACAUCGGGAUAGAGGCGGCGAUGGGCACUGGGAGCAUCCAGGAAAUGCACUGAGGGUGCACUGGGAGAAGAGGAUCCCACCCAGAUUUCUGCAGGGCUAAAAGUUCCCUCGACCAUUAUUGGGAAUUACCUCCUUAGGAGCAGCCUCAUCUUCUGCUAUAGGGUGUCGGCAUGAACAGGAUCCGGAUCCAUGUGUUGCCGACGAGCCGAGGCCGCCUGACCCCAGUGCCGCGGCCGCAGGAGCCCCUGGCCUGUGCCUUCGCCCCCCGGCCCUGCUCCCAGCCCCGCCUGGAAGGGCAGGAAUUCUGCAUCAAGCACAUCCUCGAGGACAGGAAUGCUCCCUUCAAGCAGUGCAGCUACGUGUCCACAAAGAACGGGAAGCGUUGUCCCAACGCCGCUCCCAAACCUGAGAAGAAGGAUGGCACCUCGUUCUGUGCGGAGCACGCCCGGCGGAACGCGCUGGCGCUCCAGGCUCAGGUGAAGAAAUCCAACCCCGGGCCCGUGGGCGAGACCCUCCUGUGCCAGCUGAGCUCCUAUGCCCGGGCAGAGCUGGGCUCCCAGAGCAUGGACAGCAGCCGGAGCGAGGCCAGCCGCAUCCUGGAUGAGGACAGCUGGAGUGACUGCGAGCAGGACCCUGUCACCGUGGAGCAGACGUGGCGUGGGGACCCUGACAGUGAGGCUGACAGCAUCGACAGCGACCAGGAGGAUCCCCUCAAGCACGCCGGCGUGUACACGGCUGAGGAGGUGGCUCUGAUCAUGCGGGAGAAGCUGAUCCGGCUCCAGUCCCUCUACAUCGACCAGUUCAAGCGGCUCCAGCACCUGCUGAAGGAGAAGAAGCGCCACUUCCUGCACAGCCGGAAGGGAGAGCACGAGGCCAUCGGGAGCAGCCUCCUGACAGGGCCCGAGGGGCUGAUGGCCAAGGAGAGGGAGAAUCUAAAGCGGCUCAAGUGCCUCCGGCGCUACCGGCAGCGCUACGGGGUGGAGGCUCUGCUGCACCGGCAGCUCCGGGAGCGCAGGGUCCUGGCCACCGACGGCGCGGCCCAGCAGGCACACACCACCCGCUCCAGCCAGCGCUGCUUGGCCUUUGUUGAUGACGUCCGAUGCUCCAACCAGUCCCUCCCCAUGACCCGGCACUGCCUCACACAUAUCUGCCAGGAUACAAACCAGACACUCUUCAAGCCGUGCCAGGGCUCAGAGGAAGUUCCAUGCAACAAGCCUGUGCCCGUGAGCCUCUCUGAGGAGCCCUGUUGCCCCCUGCACCUCCGCCUGCCCCCCCAGAUGUACGUCCCCGAGCAGGUCCUGGCUGUCCCCCAGGAGCUGGGAGCUGCUCCCACCGAUCUGUACCUGAGCGCGGCCGAGCUCCAGCCCACGGAGAGUUUGCCUCUGGAAUUCAGCGAUGACCUGGACGUGGUGGGUGAUGGGAUGCAGUGCCCCCCUUCCCCUCUGCUCUUUGACCCUUCUGUGACCCUCGAUCCAUCCCUGCGGGACAUGGCCGAGGCUCCCAUCGACAUCCUGGCACUGGAGGAGACAGACAGGGGCAGCUCCUCCACCCCGCUCAUCCCUCCGGCCGAGCUGCCUGCGCAGCAGGGUCACCUCCCGUACCAGCCGGGGCCCCGGCAUGACCAGCAGCAGCAGCCACAGGAAACAGCCUCGUCCAUCCCGGCCCGGGGAGCAGCUGCCAACGGGAGCCUGGAGCCAGGGGCCGUGAGCUGAGCCCGGCAGCUCCGGGGUCUCCACACCCGGGGGACCCCCAGUGUGGGAUAUGGGGGGGGACUCGGGUGCUGGAGUCCUGCUCCCGUGCCAGGAUGAGCUGCAGCUCCGGCUCCUCCACUGGUUCCUGGAGCCACAGGGACCCCUGAAACCCCAGCGUGGGGUCUCCAGACCCUCCCCUCCUCUCUGGGGAUGGAGCAGCCGCAGAAGACCUGGAGAAGAGGGGGAGAAACCACGGAAGUUCUGGGAUCCUUUGCCACGCCCUGAUGUGCCCCGGGGGGGGGGGGGGUGACGUGGCCCUGUAACGUUUUGAGGGGACAGAGGUUCCUUCCCACGGGGUCCCCCACAAUAAAGUGACGGAGGUGGGC